ACCAGCCCACCGCGCCCACCGUGCCCACCGUGUCCGCGCUGCUGCCGCUGCACGACACGGGAGACGCCGGUGAUUGGGGAGCCCUGCGGAGAGCUCUCGCGCCCCAGCACCGCCUCGGGAGCCCAGCCCGCCUCGUCGCCCCGGUGCCCGCGGCCUGCCUGGCGCCAUGAGCUGCGUCCUGAACGGCGUCGUGCCCUUGGGGCUGCUGCUGCUGGUCUGCGGGGCCCAGGGCUUCCUCCUGCCCAACGUCACCCACUUGAAGGAGCUGCUCGGUAAAUACCAGCAGGACGAGCCCCACUCCCGGGUCCGGAGGGCCAUUCCCAGGUCGGACAAGGAGGAGAUCCUCAUGCUUCACAACAAGCUGCGGGGCCAGGUGCACCCCCCGGCCUCCAACAUGGAGUACAUGACCUGGGACGAGGAGCUGGAGAGGUCGGCCGCGGCGUGGGCUCACGAGUGCAUCUGGGAGCACGGGCCCACCGGUCUGCUGGUGUCCCUUGGGCAGAACCUGGCCGUCCACUGGGGCAGGUACCGUUCUCCCGGCUUCCACGUGCAGUCCUGGUACGACGAGGUGAAGCACUACACGUACCCCUACCCCCACGAGUGCGACCCCUGGUGCCCGGAGAGGUGCUCCGGGCCCAUGUGUACCCACUACACGCAGAUAGUCUGGGCCGCCACCAACAAGGUCGGCUGUGCUGUGAACACCUGCCAGAGGAUGAACGUGUGGGGAGACGUUUGGGAGAACGCGGUCUACCUCGUGUGCAAUUACUCUCCAAAGGGGAACUGGAUUGGAGAAGCCCCCUACAAAACCGGCCGGCCCUGCUCUGAGUGCCCGCCCAGCUACGGAGGCGGCUGCAGGAACAACUUGUGUUACCGAGAAGAGACUUUCGUCCCCAAACCCGAAACGGACGAGAUGAACGAGGUGGAGGUGGCUCCCGUCCCGGAAGAGAAGCACGUCUGGGUCCAGCCGAGGGUGACCAGACCCACGAAGCCCAAGAAAGCGGCCGCGGUGAACUACAUGACCCAAGUUGUCAGCUGUGACACCAAGAUGAAGGACAAGUGCAAAGGGUCCACGUGCAACAGGUACCAGUGCCCAGCGGGCUGCCUGGGCAGCAAGGCGCAGGUGUUUGGAACUCUCUUUUACGAAAGCUCGUCCAGCAUAUGCCGGGCCGCCAUUCACUACGGGAUCCUGGACGCCAAAGGUGGCCUGGUGGACGUCACCAGGAACGGGAAGGUCCCCUUCUUCGUCAGGUCUGAGAGAAACGGCGUGGAGUCUUUGAGCAAGUACAAGCCUUCCAGCUCGUUCAUGGUGUCCAAAGUAAAAGUGCAGGACUUGGACUGUUACACCACCGUUGCUCAGCUCUGCCCGUUCGAGAAGCCGGGGACCCACUGCCCAAGAGUUCAUUGUCCGGCACACUGCAAAGACGAGCCGUCCUACUGGGCUCCCGUGUUUGGAACUAACAUCUACGCAGACACUUCAAGCAUCUGUAAGACGGCCGUGCACGCGGGAGUCAUCGGGCACGAGAGCGGGGGUUACGUGGAUGUGAUGCCCGUGGACAAAAAGAAGGCCUACGUGGGCUCGCUCAGGAACGGAGUGCAGUCUGAAAGCCUGAGGACCCCUCGUGACGGAAAGGCCUUCCGGAUCUUUGCCGUCAGGCAGUGAAUUCCCAGCGCCGGGGAGAAGGGGCGUCUUCGAGAGGGCUUCAGGGUUUUGCUUUUUAUUUUUAUUUUGUCACUUGGGGGGGGUGGGCUGGGGAUAUAGAGAGGCGGGAAACUUCCUUUCAAUGGCGUUCAGUGUCACACCCUUUGUGCCUUUGUCUGAAACCACACGGAGAAACGGCGCCCUCGGGGUCCCGGCCGGAUGGCUGGUGACUGGCCCCUCUGCAGGGACAGUCGCCCAGGUGCCCCUUCCCGGUGCUCUUUGGUGGGGGGUGGGGGGGGGCGUGGGGAAGGUUCCAGGCCUGCGGACGUGGCAGGACCCGGAGCUCACGCCGGGAGGCAGGCGGGGGCGGGAAGGGGCUCACGGAGCAUCCAAAGGGUUUCAGGAAGGGAGUGGAAGGUGGUUAUUUAAAAACUUUGAAAACACAGUCCGUCCCCACCAGUGGAGGAAAAUGGGCUUAAUGUUUGCUGGUCAGACAAAUGGGCUGGAACGAGGGGCCGGGGACGUGAGGCCCGGGCUCGGCCCUGGUCCCCGUCCUCGCCGGCACCCUGCCUCGCACAGGCUGGUUCUGCGGACGGCAGGGCUGGCUUCUUUAGGGUUCCGCAGUGACCCCAGAGAUUUAUCUCGUCUUCGUCCUUCCCUGUGUCCGCGUGGCCCGUCUGUUUGCUGCCGUGACCUUUGGUCUCCUUGAGGACAAAUGAACCAGGAUCCUUUCUUUGCCCCCUCCCCCCCCACCCCGCCCCGUAGCCCUCGCCCCAGCCCAGACUGGUUUACGCACGAUGUUUCCCACCGGGGUCUUUGCUUUGCGAGCGGUUCUGUCGGCAACCCCACUUUUUAAUUUUUUUUUUUUUUUAAACAAAACUCUUAGCGCCCGUCGGUCCCACUGUUUCGUUGCUGCCUUGAAAAAGUGGCAGUCAGAUGUGCAGAGUCCCCAUCCGUGGGAUGACCCAGUUUUGAGCAGCGGGAGGAAUGGAUUCCUCAGUGCAUUCCUCGCCGAGGUUAGCAGCUCUGGGAAGGGGGGGGCCGUGUGUGGUUAUGAAACGGUCCUGCGGCAUAACAGCAAAAGCGACAGUAACACUCUAGAAGGAUUUCUCUUCCUGUUUUUGUGGAACGGCUCUUGCCAGACGUUCCUCCGGCUCUGAGGAGCGUGGGGCUCUCUGGUUUCCACUUUACAAAAGUCCUUCACAAGCCCAGACCAAAAACCCACAGGGAAAGAAAACACCCUUUGGUAAAUAGCGUUGCUCCACAGAAGGUGACGCUCUCCCCGCCCCCCCCCCCCCCCCCAGGCCGGCCGGCCGGCAGGUCACCUCUGGGAACACCGGUUUCAAAUCCGAUCUCAACUGGCCGUCAAAAUAUUGGAAAGGCCAAGGGACCAGCAGACGGGUUUUUUGUUUUGUCGGGGUUUUUUUUAAAGCAAAGCUGGGAUGGUCUGGACAAGGAAGCCUCCCCCGGGGAAGGAAGUCCCAGGUUGCUGAGUGCAUCCCGACUAAAUUCACAGACUGGAGGUGAAUGGCUUCCCUCCGGCCGGAGGGAGUUGGUGAGAGCCGUGAAACUCUUCGCACGCUGAGCUGAGAGCAGAAGAAUUUGGUCAGCCUGUCAGUGACGGGUCUCGUUACAGCCCAAGAUCUGGGUACUUGGAAACUUCUGGAUUCUAAGGGUUGUGCUGCUGGACUUCCGCUUCAUCAGACUCUGCUCUGUGACCGGCCUUUGGCGGCUGUGGCUUUGCUGGGGCUCCGGGCUUGUUAGAAGUCGAGGCGGCCCGCGGGUGUCCCAGGGGGCUGGCCGUGAAGGCGUCCCACCCAAGGGAGAGUCUGAAACUUCCAGAGCGAGUCCAGCCCAUCAUCUGGGGGCUCGUUUGGGUUUCCGAAUGUCUCAUGAACCGGCCCGUCUAACAGGAUAGACAGAUCCCCCCUCUCCCCCGUCCCCCCGAACCAGAACUCGUCCCUCCCGUGCUCACAAACGUUUUGAAACUGGAACCAUUUUCCUUCUGAAGAUGGAAACAGGCCUACAAAGGCAAGGCCCCUGUAGUCAGAGACCAUCUCUAACUUCGCGUGUUAGCAGGACCCGUUGCCCCCGUGGGCACUUGACCCACAAAAAGAUGACGAAUCAGGCCAGCGGUGUUUCAGGGUCUGACCCUGCCCCCCAAACGAAAAGGUUCUCGUUUCCUGCAGAUUUUUGCCCCCACUGUGUUCUGAUUUUUUUUUUUUUUAUAUUGUCUGUAGGCUCACUCAGCCCGCAGCUUACAUGUGUGCUUUUUUCUAUGAAAAAUGAUGUAUUUUACUACUUCCUGUGUACAAAAAGUUUAUUGUAAAUUGUGUGUGUGUGUGCUUUGCACGAACGGGGACCACGUUGCUGUCGUUUUGUCGUUUCAAUAAACCUGGUUUGAUUUCUAA